AUGUGUACACACACACACACACACACACACACACACACACUUUUUAGGAUUCCAUUUUCCAGUCUCCCAGAAAAGCAGUUUCUGUGGGUGAUAGAAUGAGUCCAAGUGAUCAUCCAAGAAGACCGUUAAUUUUCACAGACCUACCAACAGCACUGAUGUAGGACGCACUAUUAACUCAAGUACUGGAAGGAUUUUUCUAUUUUCUUAGGAAGUUGUGUGAAUAUAAUAAUCUCAGUGCUUCUUUACUUCCAAAACUGGACAGCAGGUCAUAUAUCAAAAACAACAGUGUCAGCUCCUGUCCCUGCUACCAUGGAGUUUCUUGAGAGGACUUACCUUGUGAAUGAUCAAGCCACCAAGAUGUAUGCCUUCACUUCAGACAGAGAACGUGGACAGAAGCCUGUGAAUAAAGAUCAGUGUCCUGGAGACGGGCCAGAGCGUCCGGAGGCAGGAGCCAUCUAUCACUGCCACAACAGCUUCAAGGCCACAGGGAACAGGUCGAGCAAGCAAGUGCAUGCCAAGUGGAGACUCUGUGCUGCUUCAGCAAUAUGCUUCUUCUUUAUGGUGGCAGAGGUGGUGGGUGGACAUGUUGCUGGGAGUCUGGCGGUCCUCACUGAUGCUGCUCAUCUCUUAAUUGACCUGACUAGUUUCCUGCUCAGUCUCUUUUCUUUGUGGUUAUCUUCAAGGCCCCCUUCCAAGCGGCUGACAUUUGGGUGGUAUCGAGCAGAGAUCCUCGGUGCCCUGCUGUCUGUCCUUUGCAUCUGGGUGGUGACUGGUGUGCUGGUGUACCUUGCCUGUGAGCGCCUCUUGUAUCCUGAUUACCAGAUCCAAGCAGGCAUCAUGAUCACUGUUUCAGGCUGUGCAGUGGCAGCCAACAUUGUACUAACUCUGAUUUUGCACCAACGGCAUCUUGGCCACAACCACAAGGAUGCACAAGCUAAUGCCAGCGUUCGAGCGGCCUUUGUGCAUGCCCUGGGGGAUGUGUUUCAGAGCACCAGUGUGCUAAUUAGUGCUCUCAUUAUCUACUUUAAGCCCGACUACAAAAUGGCUGAUCCAGUGUGCACAUUUAUCUCUUCCGUCUUGGCUUUGGCCAGCACCGUCAUGAUCUUAAAAGACUUCUCCAUCUUACUCAUGGAAGGUGUUCCAAAGGGCCUGAGUUACAACAGUGUGAAAGAACUCCUCCUCACAGUCGAUGGCGUGAUCUCCGUGCACAAUCUACACAUCUGGUCGCUGACAGUGAACCAAGUGAUUCUCUCUGUUCAUGUUGCUACAGCUGCGAGCCAGGACAGCCAGUCUGUGCGGACAGGAAUUGCUUGCGCUCUCAGCAGUAGCUUUGAUCUGCACUCUCUUACCAUUCAGAUCGAAUCUGCGGCAGAUCAGGACCCCAGCUGCCUUCUCUGUGAAGACCCACAGGACUAGCUCGCUCACUGUCAGCUUCCAGUGUUUCCUAGGCCAUGAUAAACUGCAGCAAAGUCUCUGCAAUGCACAAUUAAGCAACCAGCAGAACAGAUUUGAGAAAAUCAUGACAAUGCACUGUGCACGCUCUUCCAUUGUGUUUGUCUCCAUCCACCAUGAAUGAGGAUGCAUGGGCUUCAUCAGCGUCUUGGAUUACAUACUUAAUCAGUAGUCGUGCUCAAUGAUAGUAUACAUAGAUUAUUCCUAACUGGGGUUGAAAUAGCAGAUGUUGGCCACCAUAGGUAAUGAAUGACUCACUUCCCUACAGUAGUGGGUACAGCUGAAUUCAGGAAUGCCUUUGUAGGGAUCCACAGCAGGAGAAACAAAUAUUUGAAGAGGAUCUCGAGGCUUGGGGAUUUGACUCUUGUGCCAUCCUCAGUGAAAUCUCCAUUAUUUGUGAAACAGUGAACCCCCCUUUUUAUCUUGCAUGUAAAUUACGCUGUGAAGGAUUGAAUUAUACUUUAAUGCUAUGUGCAAAGGGUAUGGAAAGUGGGAAAAAUUUCUGAAAUUGCUAACUUUUGAAUGUUUUCAUAAAGUAGAAUUUAAUAAUGGAAGAAAACGAGGAGAUGGCUUUUCUCCAGGUCACACACAAGGAAAUUUAGUUUAAGAAUUAAGAUAACUCUCAAAUUUUGCACACUAUUCAUGAAUCACCAUCAUUCAAUUGCUGUACUUUAUUUCCCAACAAAAUAACUUUUAGAAUGUCAACUUAUUACUAUUUUUACUAGGUAGACAGAACAUAAAAAUCAAAGAGGAUCAGUAAUUUUUAAAGUGUCAUUUAGUCACAAUUUUGAUGCUAGACUUGGGAAGAGGGCAGGGGAAGAGCUUUUUUUAUUUCUGUAACUGAAUUAUACUGGGUCAUUAAAAAGGAAACAGAACUUUAUAUAGCUCAUGGCUCUGAAGGCUGGGAGUCUGUAUGCGAGUGGCUGCUGCAUGGGAUGGUAAUGGAUGUGUGUAGAAUCCCUAGGCAGAGCAGAGCAUCAUACGAUGACAGGGACAAACAUCUUGGCUUGCUUUUCUUCUUCAUAUAAAGCCACAUUUUCACU